UCUUAGAGGAAAAAAACAGAAAAUGCAGCAUUUUUGGUAACACUUCUUUUUCAGUCAUUCAAGUCAUUUUGCUACUGCAAUCAAGGGAAGAGUUGGAUCAGGGAUCACACCCAGGAGGACUUAUUGUGCCUUAAGUCCGGAUCUUUGGGACUUUUCUUCUUACAGCACCUAAUCUGAAUAAGAACUUUUUUGUGUGUGUCGCAGACAGAAGUCGUGUGACGCAAAGCUGCAUGUCUGAUGUACUUGAAUGAACCAGCAGAGAAGAAUAUAUCUUGAAACUGACUGAAAAACUACUUUUUUUGUCUGUAUUUUUAGUUAAGACUUUGGGAGAUGGACUCUUUCCCAGAAUUUCUGAAUGACUCAUCUAUCCACGAUGGCUUUGGUGCAAAGGUGCCCCUGCCGUGGGCAGGAUUCAUCACGCUGUCCCUCCUCAUGGCCGUGUUCUCCACCACAGCUGUCGUGUUGAACGCUACAGUGAUAGUCGUCACCCUCCGGCACAAACAGCUGCGGCAGCCGCUGAAUUUUGCCCUGGUCAACCUCGCUGUGGCCGACCUGGGCAUCACGCUAACAGGAAGUGUGCCAUAUGUGGUGACCAAUGCCGUGGGCUACUACUUCAUGGGACGGGUCGGUUGUGUUUUGGAGGGAUUUUGCGUUGCAUUAUUUGGUAUAACAGCGCUGUGCACAGUGGCCCUGAUUGCUGUGGAACGGCUGUUUGUAGUGUGCAAGCCUCUGGGUACCAUCACAUUCCAGCGCAAGCACGCCGCCGGAGGGUUGGCGUUAUCCUGGCUCUGGUCUCUGAUCUGGAAUACUCCACCUCUCUUUGGCUGGGGAAGCUACCAGCUGGAGGGAGUCGGCACAUCCUGCGGACCCGACUGGCAGAGUCGAGAUUUCAAAAACAUGUCUUACAUCAUCUGUUACUUCUCCCUCUGUUUUGCUGUGCCAUUUGUCAUCAUUGUGGUGUCAUAUUCAUGGCUGCUCUACACGCUCAGACAAGUAGCUAAGAUAGGUGGAGGUGCGGCUGCGAAGGCAGAGGCUAAGGUGGCGCGGAUGGUGGUGAUGAUAGUAUUGGCGUUCCUCGUGAGUUGGCUACCAUAUACUACUCUGGCUCUAACAGUCAUCUUCAACCCUGAUGUUCAGUUGCCUGUGCUGGUGAAGGUGGUACCCAUAUACAUGGCCAAGAGCAGCACUGUUUACAACCCUAUGAUCUACAUAUACAUGAACAAACAGUUCCAGAAGUAUGCAGUACCGCUUCUGAUGUGUGGACAGGAUCCCUGGCCUUCAGAGGACGAUGCAUCUGAUGUUCAGACCGUCGUGUCACCAGUGAACAACAAAAUCAGCCCAAAGUGACUUAACAUUCACUACUGUUAGUGCAUGAUAAAGGUGCUUGAAUGAGAUGAAUUAAUGAACCCUUGUUUUCUUUCCUUUAUGUAUUUCCUAUUGAAGUUGGUGAGGGGUGGGAUAUAUAGAAUGUAUUGUCAUUUUUUUAAGGCCAAUAGUUUUUCAUUCACAUCUCAUUACUUGCUAAUGCUAUUCAGAACUAGCUGGGGACAUUCUCAUUCUAGAAAGCAUUUGAUUGGACAAAAAUGUGUAUAAGCUCCUGUGUGCAAGAUAAGCCAACAGUAUUUUUGUCAUUUAAAAGACUAAUAAUAUAUCACAAUAUUACUGUUUUUACUGUAUUUUUGAUUAAAUAAAUGCAGCCUUGGUGAGCGUAAGAGACUUAUUUCAACAAACAUUCAAAAACGUCACCAACUUU